AUGGGAGAUCUCAUAAAGUCAGUGAAUUUUAUGAGUCUUCAGUUCGACGAUUUCAACAAAAAAUUGGAAUCUACACUGACCGAAUUAAAACAGUUAAAAAAAGAAAAUGAAAUCAUAAAAGCAGAUAAUUCACGGCUAUCCAAUGAAAUCCUCGAAAUUAAACACAAAUUGGAUACAAUUGAGCAACAAAACCUCGGAAUUAGCGUUGAAAUAAACGGUAUACCUAAAUCGAAUAAUGAAAAUUGUAUUGCCGUAGUACAAUCAAUUGUUAAACAGCUGAAUAUUAACGCCACAGUCACUGAAGCAACUAGAAUUAUAUUAUCAGAUAACAAAAUCCCGAUAAUAGUAGAGAAACUGGACACAAUCGAUAUGAGGAGAGAUCUAAUACGAGCAAACAAAGUUAAAAAGCUAAAUGCGAAUAUGCUGUCUAAUAAUUGGUCCACAGACAAUAAAAUAUACAUAAAUGAACGUCUAACCAAAGAAAAAAGGAUUCUCUAUUCAAAAACGAGAGCUGCAGCCAAAGUCAGUAAUUUCAAAUUCGUAUGGAUCAACAAUGCAGACAUUCUUGCCAGGAAGGAUGAACAUUCAAAAAUCAUACGAAUAAGGUCUAGUACAGAUUUAAACAAACUAUAA